AUGGAUCCUGCACCGGCGAAGGCGAAGCCGCAGGGCCGGCUAUUGGUGUCCACCCCGCUGGACGCUAAGGACGAGCUGGAGGAGAGAUUGGAGCGCUGUGUGGGGAUCGUGCAGGCAUUGACCAAUGGACUGUCAGAGAGGGAGGCCAAUGACGCGCUCACCGCCAAUGUAUGCAAAGGUCAGCAGCAGCAUGAGGAGGUGUGUCUAGGUCUGUUCACACUGGUCCUCACAGAGCCAGCCCAGGCCCAGAGGUGUUACAGAGACCUGGCGCUGCUCAGCAGAGAUGGGAUGAAUGUGGUGCUGGUGAAGAUCAACCAGAUCCUGAUGGAGAAGUUCCUGAAACUGCAGGACACCCCCAGAACACAGCUAGUGUGGCUGGUCAGAGAGCUGGUGAAGAGUGGCGUGAUGGGAGCUGACGGCGUCAUCAUGACGCUGCUGAAGCAGAUUGCAGGUGGAGACAUCUCCAACAAGAACCUGUGGCUGGCUGAGAGCGUCCUGGACAUCCUGCUUGAGCAAAAGGAGUGGGUAUUGAAGAGCGGGAUGCUCAUAGCAAUGUCAGUCUACACCUACCUCCGCCUGAUCGUGGACCACGGAGCCCCAAACUUGCUGUCUCUGCGCCAGAAAGAAGUAGACUUCUGCAUCGGCAUGCUGAGGGAGAAGUUCAUGGAUUGUCUCAUCAUCGGUAGAGAUCUGGUUCGUCUGCUGCAGAACGUUGCUCGGAUCCAAGAGAUGGAGCUGCUGUGGAGAGACCUUCUGCACAACCCUCAAGUCCUGAGUCCUCAGUUCACAGGUGUUCUCCAGCUACUGACGGCUCGGACCUCCAGGAAGUUCCUGGCCUGUCGACUCACACCGGACAUGGAGACCAAGCUGCUGUUCAUGACCUCCAGGGUGCGUUUUGGGCAGCAGAAGCGGUAUCAGGACUGGUUUCAGAGACAGUACCUGUCCACAGCAGAGAGCCAAUCACUACGCUGCGAUCUGAUUCGCUACAUCUGCGGGGUGGUGCAUCCAUCCAAUGAGGUGCUGAGCUCUGAUAUUCUGCCACGCUGGGCUAUCAUUGGCUGGCUGCUCACCACCUGCACGUCAAACGUGGCGGCCUCCAACGCCAAGCUGGCUCUCUUUUAUGAUUGGCUGUUCUUCAACCCUGAGAAGGACAGCAUCAUGAACAUAGAGCCAGCCAUCCUGGUGAUGCAUCACUCCAUGAAACCUCAUCCUGCCAUCACCGCAACGCUGCUGGACUUCAUGUGCAGGAUCAUCCCUCACUUCUUCCCUCCUUUGGAGUCUCAGGUUCGUCAAGGAGUCUUCAACUCGCUAAACUUCAUCAUGGAAAAGAGAGUGCUGGCUCACCUUGCUCCACUGUUUGAUAACCCAAAGCUGGACCGAGAGCUUCGAUCAAUGCUCAGAGAGAGAUUCCCCGAGUUCUGCAGCCCACCAUCACCUCCUACUGAAGUGAAGAUGGAAGAGGCUGUUUCCAUGGAAAUGGACAACCAUGUGUUAGACAAGGAGGAGGGUUGCUACGACAACACAGAAGCAACUUUCAGUGACGAUGAGGAGGAAGUCAACAACAAAGGAAAAAAGAGGGAGUUCCGGUUUCAUCCAAUAAAAGAGGCUGUAAUGGAGGAGCCUGCUGACAUCACGCCCUGGCUGGACCAAUUAGAUGACACAAUGAAGGAGAAGGUGCAGCAGCUUCAGAAGACUAGUGACACAGAGACUCAGUGUGAGGUGAUGCAGGAGAUUGUGGAUCUGAUCCUGGAGGAGGACUUUGACACAGAGCAGAUGUCAGCUAUGGCUUCCUGUUUGGCCGAACUGUUCAAAGAUCAUUUCAGAGGAGAAGUUUUGCCGGAGGAGAUCACAGAGGAGUCUCUGGAGGAGUCUGUGUCAAAACCCGUCUGUCUGAUCUUCAGAAACCUCGUCACCAUGCAAGAGGACAACAGUGGUUUCUCAGUUCUGCUCGACAUGUUAGCUGAGCUUUACCAGAAGCAGCCAAAGAUUGGAUACCACUUGCUGUAUUACCUGAAGGCUAGUAAAGCAGCGAACGGUAAGAUGAUGCUGUACGAGUCAUUUGCUCAGGCAACAGCGCUCGGUGACCUGCACACCUGUCUGAUGAUGGACAUGAAAGCCUGUCAGGAGGACGACGUCCGGCUCCUCUGCUACCUCACACCCUCCAUUUAUUCUGAGUUUCCAGAUGAGACACUGCGGAGUGGCGAGCUUCUUAACAUGAUCGUCGCUGUCAUCGACUCCACACAGUUACAGGAGCUGAUGUGUCACGUGAUGAUGGGGAACCUGGUGAUGUUCCGGAAAGACUCUGUGCUCAACAUCCUCAUUCAGUCUCUCGAUUGGGAGACCUUUGAGCAGUACAGCACCUGGCAGCUGUUUCUGGCCCACAGCAUCCCCCUGGAAACCAUUAUCCCCAUCCUGCAGCACCUCAAGUACAAAGAGCACCCCGAGGCCUUGUCCUGCCUGCUACUGCAGCUCCGCAGAGAAAAGCCCAGUGAGGAGAUGGUGAAGAUGGUCCUGAGUCGUCCUUGUCACCCAGAGGACCAGUUCACCACCAGCAUUCUAAGACACUGGGCGACCAAGUACGACGACACUCUUGGGGAGCACAUAAAGGCCCAGCUUAUUAAAAACAAUAACCAGCCCCGCAAAAGACAGAGUCUUCGCAGUUCGAGCAGUAAACUGGCUCAGCUGACCCUGGAACAGAUCCUGGAGCACAUGGACAACCUAAGACUGAGUCUGAGCAACACCAAGAAUAACUUCUUCACUCAGACGCCGAUUCUUCAGGCUCUGCAGCACGUCCAGGCAAGCUGUGAUGAGGCCCACAAGAUGAGGUUCAGCGAUCUGUUCGCCCUGGCGGAGGAGUACGAGGACUCUCAGUCGAAGCCGCCAAAGUCACGCCGCAAAGCUCCAGCCUCAUCACCUCGCUCUAGGAAGGGAGUAGCUCCGCCCACCAACAACGAGGAGGAAAGUGCCUCCAGCAGCGCCUCAGAGGAGGAGGACUCGAAGCCCAAAGCUCCAAAGAGGAAGAGGAAAGGCUCAUCAGCUGUUGGCUCCGACAGUGACUGAUAGAUCCUCCACCCAAUCACACACCAGCUGCUCCAUAUACUGGGAGAGGCGCCGCCUCUUCCUGAUGACGUGCACUUUGCUGCUGGGGGGCGGGGAUCUGAGACGCUGCCAACGUUAACUCCAUGUGAUGAACUGACUUUCAUUUGUCAUAUCCAUGGAGACCAGCACAGAGCAAUGGGUCAAAGGUCACUGUGUGUGGCUGAUCGCCCAUAAUGCACUGGGGGAAGGAGGAACUCAGGCAGACUGAUUUUAAAAGCAGACAUGAUGAUUUUUUUUCCCCAGGAUUUUCUUUUUUUUGGGGG